CUGAACCUAUUAUGCACGGCGCCAAAUUAUCAAGGUCGUGGUGCUGCUCGUGCUCUUAUCAACAACCUGAAGCAAGUAGCGGUAGAAAAGAAACUCCCCAUCUAUAUCGAGAGUACCAUGAACGCUGUGCCUUUGUAUGAGAAGCUCGGGUGGAAGCAUAUUGAUUGGAUUCGCAUGAUGAUUCCUAAGAAACUGGAUGGGCCGCUCGAGGAAGAGUAUCAGGAGAGAUGUAUGCUAUGG